AUGGAGGCAUUCAGAAGCCUCUUUGCAAAACCCGAUCCCCAAGCACAGUUCCGCAAAUGCAAUGCCCUCAUCCGCUCCAACAUCCGCAAACUAGACCGGGACAUCGCCGCCAACAAACAAAAUGAAGUCAAGAUAAAGAACCUCAUCGUACAGGCCGACAAGCGCGCCCAGAAAGACCCUGCCCGCGCCAAGCAGGCCCAAAAGGAAGUCCGCGACUUUGCCCACGAGCUCGUCCGUCAACGCCGCGCCUCGGCCCGCACAAUCACCUCCAAGGCCCAGCUUAACUCGGUCCAGAUGCAAGUGAGCGAGGCCUUUGCCGUGCGCAAGAUUGAGGGCUCCAUCCGCUCCAGCGUCGGAAUCAUGAAGGACCUCAACCGGCUGAUACGCCUCCCCGAGAUGGCACAAACCAUGCAGCAGCUGAGCGCGGAGCUGAUGAAAGCCGGCAUCAUCGAGGAGAUGGUCGAGGAUAUAUUGCCCGAGGACGGAGACAUGCUUGUAGAGGACGAGGGCGAGGUGGACAGGGUGCUGGGUGAGAUUUUGAAGGAUAGAAAGGAACCCAGUUUGCCUGUCGCGCCCGCGCCGCAGCUGCAAACGCAGCAAGUCCACGACGACGAGGAGGAGGAGGAGGAGGAGGAGGAUGCAGAGGCCAUGAUGGAUCAGAUGCGGAAUCGGCUGGAUGCGUUGAGGAGCUAG